CGGCGCCCGGAAGCGCGGUUCCCGUGGCGCCCAUGGCCGAGCAGGCGGCCCCUCCGCCUCCGCCGCCGCCGGUCUACGUGCACAGCGCCGAGUACCUGGCGCGAUGCGACGCCCUCUGCAAAGUCCCCGAGCGGGUGCGGGGCCCGGGGGGCGGGAGGGGGCGGAGAAGUGGGGAGGCGCACUAGCCAAGGCGCUAGUCCUCAGGGAGAUCCUUUGGGCCAGCAAAGCGGGGGGAAGAGGGCAGUCCCUCAGGGGGGGACUGGAAAGGGGGGGGAAUUGCAUGGGGGGGGGAAUUGCAUGGGGGGGGGACAACCCACCCAUCUACCCAAGGCGCUAGUCCUCAGCGAGAUCCUUUGGGCCAGCAAAGGGGGGGGGAGAGGGCAGUCCCUCAGGGGGGGACUGGAAAGGGGCGGGAAUUGCAUGGGGGGAACAACCCACCCAUCUACCCAAGGCGCUAGUCCUCAGCGAGAUCCUUUGGGCCAGCAAAGGGGGGGGGAGGGCAGUCAAUGAAGGAGGGGCUGGAAGGGGGGGAUAUGCAUGGCGAGGGGGGGUACAAAAGGCGCUAGACCUGUCAGGAGAUUUGCAUUACCACAAUACUUUUUAAGAUAAUAAUAAUAAUAAUAAUAAUAAUAAUAAUAAUAAUAUAUCAUUUAUACCCUGCCCAUCUGGCUGGGCUUCCCCAGCCACUCUGGGCGGCUUCCAACAGAACAUUAAAAUACAAUAGUCUGUUAAACAUUAAAAGCUUCCCUAAACAGGGCUGCCUUCAGAUGCCUUCUAAAAGUCUGGUAGUUGUUCUUCUCUUUGACAUCUGGUGGGAGGGCGUUCCACAGGGCGGGUGCCACCACCAAGAAGGCCCUCUGCCUGGUUCCCUGUAACUUGGCUUCACGCAGCGUGGGAACCGCCAGAAGGUUAUAAUAAUAAUAAUAAUUUAUUGUUUCUACCCCACCCAUCUGGGUUUCCCCAGCCACUCUGGGCGGCUUCCAACAGAACAUUAAAAAUAGAAUUCCUAAGCGAAUUCCUAAUCUCUUAUUGAUCAAUAAGUAUUUUUAUUUUUAAUAUUUUUUCUGUUUUGCCGUUUUUUCUUUUUCUCUCCCCCCCUUCCCCCCUUUUUCUUUUUAAUGGUAUUAUAUUUAUAUACCUAGAGUUACAGUCAUACCUCAGGUUACAGACGCUUCAGGUUGCGUGUUUUUUGGUUUCAGUACUUCCGGGUUUCGGCACUCACGCAUACGCAGAAACACUAAAUGUUUUGCGCAUGCGCAGAAGCGCCGAAUCGCGACCCGUGCAUGCACAGACGUGCCUCCCGCACGGAUCAUGUUCGCAACCCGAGCGUCCACUGUAUCUUAGUUUUUAAAUUAAUUUUAUCAUGUACAAGAUAACGUUUAUUUCAGUCUCUAAGAAUAGCUCAUGUAAAAUCAACUUAUUCUUUAUGCUUUUCCGUGAAAGUUUCGAAAAUAAAAAAUGAAACCAAAAAAAAAUUCCUGCAUUGCAGGGGGUUGGACUAGAUGACCCCUGGGAGGGAAUCCCUCCCAACUCUACGAUUCUAUGGCCUCUCCUUCCUUGGAGAGUUUUAAGCAGAAGUUCAGUGCCCACCCAAAAGGGAUGCUAUGGUUGAGAUUCUUGCCUUGCAAGGGGUUGGACUAGAUGACCACUGGGAUGUCCCUUCCAGCACUGCAGGUUUCUGAUUCCGUGAGGAUGGUCUGGUUUGGCUUAAUUUCUCUCUCCCUCCCUUUUCCCACAGGCCAGCAUGGUGCAUUCCUUGAUCGAAUCCUACUCGCUCCUUGAUCACAUGAGGUAGGCGCAAGCAGCACAUCUUGCCAUGGGGCAGGUGGGGGUCUUUUGGGCAAGGAGGGGUGUCUCUUCCAGGGGCUCCUGCAGCUUCCACCUGUUAUGGAAAGGGGCAUUUUAUUCUGGAUUGUUUUGUUUGAUGCUUUAAGGCCGGUUGCAAACCGCUCAGAUUUUUUCCUUAAAAAUAUAAAGUGGGGUAGAAAUGAAAUUGAUCAUAAAAAUAUUUUCUUUAGGCCACAUUUCUCAGAGCUCUUGAAGAAUACUUGCUAAGCAGCUGAGAUCUCUUUGACUGACAACAGGGGGAUGUUGCCCUGGGGGGAACUUUGCUGUAGUCCAGGAGAUACAGAGGGACAGCCUCAGAGGACUUCUGUUCUGCUCCUAACCCAUCCCAUAGCAGAAACACCUGCUCGAUUUGAGGCUUAUCCAUCCUUCUUCUUGUCCCACGGUUUUCCUCCUGGGAAAACUGCUCUUUGGCGCUCAAUCGGAGCAAAAAAACACGUUCUUUGGCACUCAAUCAGAGCAAAAAACCACUCUUUGGUGCUCAAUUUGAGCAAAAAAACACUCUUUGGCAAUCAAUCAGAGCAAAAAAAAUACUCUUUGGCGCUUAAUCGGGGCAAAAAAACACUCUUUGGUGCUCAAUCAGAGCAAAAAAACGCUCUUUGGUGCUUAAUCAAAGCAAAAAAAUACUCUUUGGUGCUCAAUCAGAGCAAAAACCCGCUGUUUGGCGCUUAAUCGGAGCAAAAAACCGCUCUUUGGCGCUCAGUCGGAGCAAACAGCAGUUAGGGUUUUUCUUAAUGGAUUGCCGUUUAUUCCAAUUUAAAGCCAAAGAGCAGGUUUUCCUUGCAGAGGAGCAAGGCAAGGGGAAGUUUGGGCGAGCCCCUGCAGCGGUUGAGGUGCUGCCUUCCAUAUUCUGGGUCUGCCCUAUCCACCAAGUUCUUCAUUUCCAUAGGAUUGUCCCACCCAAAGUAGCUUCCAUGGAGGAGAUGGCCGGCUUCCACACAGACGCCUACCUGCAGCACCUGCAGAAAGUGAGCGAGGAAGGCGACGAUGACCAUCCGGAAUCGGUGGGAUUUGGACUAGGUGAGGAGGUGGCUGCUUGGGGUUUUUUCCAUGGAGAACUCCAGACAAGGUGCCAGGGAAGAUCUGCUUCCAGGUUCAGGGUGCUGAGAUUUAUCUCACAGCCAGGACCGGAUUUAGGUUGUUUUGGCCUACAACUCCCAUGAUCCCUAGCUAACAGGAUCAGUGGUCAGGGAUGAUGGGAAUUGUAGUCCAAAGCAUCUGGAGGGCCGAAGUUUGGGGAUGCCUUCCCUAAGCUCCUGGAGGUUAUGGGGCCCUUGAUAUGUCCAUCUGUCCUUUGUCAACAAGAAAUGGUCACUGUUUUUUGUGUGGAAUAUAUGCUAUAUGGAAAUUUAUGGACCUAAGAGGUAUCCAAAUUGAAAUUGAAAUAAUUUAUUGUCACUUAUACAACUUGUAUACAGUGAGAUUACACGAGCACCCCUCACUCAGCUCUCUUAGUCUUAAUUCCCCUCGUUUACUGACGCAGACCCACCAAACCCGAAAGUCAGUUGUCUUGUUGUUAUCUUUUCAUUCAGCAGCCUAAUAGCCCACGGAUAGAAUCUGUUCUUUACCCUGUUGGCGCGACUAAUCAUGCUUCUAUAUCUUCUGCCCGAGGGCAGGAGAUCAAGAAAGUGCCGGCCAGGGUGUGAAUCAUCAUCCCUGAGAAUUUUCCUCACUUUCCUGAGGCAAUGUUCUUCCGCUAUUUCAUCCAGUGGAUUCACGGGACAGCCCAUAAUAUCUUGUGCUGUAUUCACCACCCUCUGUAGGCACUUCCUAUCAGUUGAUGUCAAACCAGCGUCCCAUACCGUGAUGCAGUAGGAAAGGACACUUUCUAUUGUGGACCAGUAGAAGGAGAUCAUCAGAUGUUGACUGACAUUGUUAUUCCGCAAGACUCUGAGGAGAUGGAGUUUAUAAUAAUAAUAAAGCCAUUUGCACAUAACAAAAUACGUAUUUUAUCAAAGUGAUUGUCGAACUGAAAUACAAUUAAGAAGUACAAUCGUACCUCUGCUUACGUAUCCCUCUGGAAUAAAUGAUGUUACUGCAGUCACACAAUCGAUCAAUCAGGAGCUGAACUGGGUUCCACACGGUCACAAAAACGAAACAAAAAAAAGAGCCACAAGAACACAAAAUAAAUAGCAGAAACAGACAGACCUCAGCGUAACACUCAAAACAGAGCAAGUUCAGCUUCCAAAAAAAGUUUGCAAACCGGAACACUUACUUCCGGGUUUGCAGUGUUUGGGUUCCAAGUUGUUUGAGUACCAAGGCGUUUCAGAACCAAGGUACCACUGUAAAAGGUUAAAUGCAAUUAAAGUGGAAAAUUGUCCAAAUAAUAAAAAGAUACACCUGGUGUCUCUGAUUCUUCUAUCACGCUCACCCCUUUCUCCUGCUCCCUCCAGGUUACGACUGCCCGACCUCGGAAGGGAUCUUUGACUAUGCGGCCGCCGUGGGAGGAGCCACCAUCACAGCCGCCCAGUGUUUGGUGAAUGGUGACUGCCAGGUUGCCAUCAACUGGCCCGGAGGCUGGCAUCACGCAAAGAAGUAAGGAAGUUCUGUCUUUUCUUGUUGCUUCUCCCAGAGCCUGCACUGUUAGGCCUAGUCCACCUUGGCAUCCGUCAGGCCUGCGGGGAGAGGAAUCACAGAAUCACAGGACUGUAGAGUUGGAAGGAACCCCAGCGGUCAUCUAGUCCAACCGCCUGCAAGGCAGGAAUCUCAAGCAUCCAUGACAGGUGUCCAUCCAACCUCUAAAUUUGACAUAGAUUUGGAACCUACUCACCAUUAAUUCAAAAUUUGAUUGUCCUGCAUUUGUCUGGUUUGGUUGUUUGUCAUUCCAUUCAUUUUACUUUCACGCACCUUAAACUUGAUGUGAAAACUUAAUAGUUUUUUAUUUAUACUUUUCAAAUUUAUACAUUUCAUUAGUUUUACAACCCAUUUAACAUUUCAAAGCUUGACUUCCUUCCCCCUCUUUUUUAAUACCUUCUACAUAUCCAAAUUCAAUUGCUCGUUUGAUUUAUCGACUGCAAAUAGAUACUCUUAUAAAACUGCAGGUUACUACAAUAAUCCUGCUAAUGUAAAAACCUAAUAAUAAUUUUUAAAACUCCUACCAGCGUCCAAGGGAGGCUGUUCUGCGGUCGAACGUCUCCUACUGUCGGAAAGUUCUUCCUGAUGUUGAGUCAGAAUCUCGUUUCUUGUAACCUGAAGACGUUGAUUUGGGUCCUACCCUCCAGAGCCGGAGAAAAGCAAGCUUGCUCCAUCUUCCAUGAGGCCGCCCCCUUGAGAUAUCUGAAGAUGUCUAUCAUAUUUCCUCUCAGCUAGCUAAGCAGCUCAGGGUGAUGGCCAAGAAGGAGGGCAAGCAGUCCUAGCUGGUUAAAAACCUGACUGAGGUCAUCUCUUGCAGCUGCGAAUGUUCCAGAGGGGGAGACUUGCCAUCAAAAAUGUUCCGUCUUCUGGUUUGUCACUAUAUAUAUUUAUAAUAUUUUAUGAGUUUUCCAUUUAUCGAUAUCUAAUCACAUCAUUGGGACGCGGGUGGCGCUGUGGGUUAAACCACAGAGCCUAGGGCUUGCCGAGCAGAAGGUCGGCGGUUCGAAUCCCUGCGAUGGGGUGAGCUCCCGUUGCUCGGUCCCUGCUCCUGCCAACCUUGCAGUUCGAAAGCACAUCAAAGUGCAAGUCGAUAAAUAGGUACCGCCCCGGCGGGAAGGUAAACGGUGUUUCGGUGUGCUGCUCUGGUUCACCAGAAGCGGCUUAGUCCAGCUGGCCACAUGACCCGGAAACUGUAUGCCAGCUCCCUCGGCCAGUAAAGCAAGAUGAGCGCCGCAACCCCAGAGUCAGUCACGACUGGACCUAAUAGUCAGGGGUCCCUUUACCUUUACCUUUUAAUCACAUCAUUAUUAUCCACUUUAUCUCUCUAGCUCUCUAGAGCCUGUCAACUUCCUUGCCUCCCGCCUCAUGGCUUUCAAAAUUAACCUUUAUAUCAUAGCAUUUUAUGCAUUUUCCAAUUCUAAUGACACUCUUUACAAAAUGGCUCAAAAUUUAAGUAAAUAUAGGAAGAUAGAAAACUUCUCCUUGCAAGUCAUAGGGCAACCCUGCUGGUGAUGUUUAAUUGCUUGCAAUAAUCUUUCAAAUAUCGUAUAAAUUUACUCCAGUCCUUUUGGAAUACUUGAUCAUGUUGGUUUCAGAUUUUUCUCAUCAGUUUCGCCAGUUCUGCAAAGUCCAUCGUCUUCAUCUGCUCCUCUUCUUUCAUUGGUACUUCUUGUUGUUUUCAUUUUGGGGCUAAAAUAAUUCAUGCCACAGUUGUCACAUACAUAAACAGUCUUUUCUCUUCCCUUGGUAUCUCUUCACCCACUAUACCCAGUAAAAAGGCUUCUGGUUUUUUAACAAAAGUAUUUUUAAACAUUUUCCUUAGCUCAUUAUAUACCAUUUCCCAGAAAGCCUUUUCCCCUCUUUGCAAGUCCACCACAUGUGGUAGAAGAUACCUUCCUUUUCUUUAUAUUUCCAACACUCAUUAGUUCUUGCCUUGUACGUUUUAGCCAAUUUAGCUGGUGUUAAAUACCAUCUGUACAUCAUUUUCAUAACAUUUUCUUUAAGUGCGCUGCCUGCAGUAAAAUUGAUACCUUCCUUCCACAACCUUUCCCAGGAUUCUAACUGGAUAUUAUAUCCGAAAUCUGAUAUCACUAUAACAUUAAUGUCACUAUAAUUUCUUACUCUCCCUAUGCCUAAUUUUCCUCAACAAAAUCUGCCGGAGUGGCAAAGAGCGCCACAUUCUUGGCUUGAGGCCAGCUUCAUUCGGCAGCUUCUGAAACUUCACAUUUCACCAGUCAUGUUUAUUUGCAGGGACGAAGCUUCCGGCUUCUGCUACCUGAACGACGCCGUCCUGGGCAUCUUGCGGCUCCGGCAGAAAUUUGGCCGUGUUCUCUAUGUGGAUUUAGAUCUGCAUCACGGAGAUGGUAAGGUUCCUUCCAGCACACGGGUUGACGUGGCUUGACUUGUUCCUGCUGCUUUGAUUUUUUGUGUUUUUUCUACAUGGUGCUUAGAGAAUAACUCUCACCUAAAUACAGUCAUACCUCGGGUUAAAGACGCUUCAGGUUCUGCGUUUUCAGGUUGCGUCCCACGGCAACCCGGAAGUAAUGGAACGGGUUACUUCCAGGUUUUUUUCAUAUUUUCAUAUUUGUAUUUCUAUUUGUAUAUUUGUAUUUGCUAACCGGGAUCAAUUCCCAUCUGGAAACCAGUGUGCCCACUGUGGAAGGACCUGUGGAUCCAGAAUUGGCCUCCACAGUCACUUACGGACUCAUUGUUAAAGCUGUGUUUAUGGAAGACAGUCUUACUUGGCUACAAGGGAUCGCCAAAGAAGGAGAAGAAGAAUCAGCAUACGGGGGGAGGUUCAAAAAGUAGCUACAUGGUGCUUAGAGAAUAGCUUGCACCUAAAUAUUAGCAAGACAAAGGAGAUGGUGUUGGACCUUCGGAGGAAGCUGUGGCAAUCACACAGGGCCCCCGGACGUUUGACCCUGUGCCACCACUGCGUUAGCUUUCUUCGCUGCCCCCACCCCGCUUCUCACGAACAAGCGUAUGGUUACAGUUUACUUUUCUCUUGUCAGUUUCCUAAUCUUAGUUCCUAACAACCUCAAACUGAAUUAUUCCCAACUAUCUAUCUGACUCAACCUAACAAUUCCUCUCACUCUCUUACAAUACAACUCUGCCAAUCCCACACGUAAGCCUCCCUCUUCCUUCUCCAACAACCAAGCCUCAACUCCCAACUGACAAACCUCCCACUCUUAUCUUUUACUCCCCCCUUGCAUUCUCACUGGCCAACCACAUCACACCCAUUUUAACCCUUUCCUUGACCCAUCCUAGGAGGCCAACGCCACAGAAGCAAGGGGAACUAGCCCCGUUGUAUAUCAGGGGGUGUUGUGUGGAGAGAGUCUCUUCCUUUAAAUUCCUGUGAGUUUACCUUAGUGAAGACCUCACCUGGAAAUUCAAUACGACCCAGGUGGUUAGGAAGGCCCAGCAGAGACUCCAUUUUCUCAGGGUCUUGCGAAAGAACAGUGUUAAACGACAAUUGAUGACCUCCUUCUAGUGGUCCACAACAGAAAGUGCCCUCUCAUAUUGUAUCACAAUGUGGUACGUUGGCUUGACAGCCAUGGACGGAAAGUCUUUACAGAGGGUGGUGAACACAGCACAUGAUAUCAUGGGCUGUCCCCUGAGCCCGCUAGAUGGCUUCACAAAGGAUCGUUGCCUUAGGAGAGCGAGAAAAAUUAUCAGGGACAAUUCAUACCCUGGCCAGCAACUCCUUAAUCUUCUACCCUCGGGCAGGAGAUAUAGAAGUAAUCAGCCGUACCAACAGGCUAAAAAACAGUUUCUAUCCGUGGGCUGUUAGGCUGCUGAACGGAAAAUAAUAUAGUGCAACUGACUUUCGGGGUUGGUGUGUUGUGCGACAAGCACACAGAGUGCAAUGAGAUUGAGUGUUUGUGUGGUGGGGCUUCGUUAAUUUCAUUGUACACAGGUUGUACAUUGACAAUAAAGGUGGUAUUAUUAUUAUUUUAAAUAAUAUUUUUUUUUAUUAAAUUUCCAUUUUAGCAUUCCAAUAAAAACCACAAUAAAACAUUCCAAAUUAUAAUACAAUAAAAAAAGCCAAAUAUUCAAUGCCGAAUUAUAUAUCUUUUGGGUGACUUCCCAUGCUCUGAAGUUCGGGGAGUGAUGAUCUAAUAUCAUAUUGCAUUUCUUAAUUAGUCCAAGUAGUCCAAAUAAAACAUUUCCGAUGUUGAUCCUUCAUUUAUUUUUAACAGUUACUGAAUUGAUUUAGGAAGCGAGUUUGUAGUUCUGUGUGAAAUAUUUUUACUUUUCUUCUUUAUUUUCCUAUUGUAAUCCAAAGUCCUCAGUGAUGCCACUUUCGGUUUCUGUACACAAGGGCAAAUCUUGGUGUGUUACAUCCAACACAUACGGUAUAUGUUACUGUUUUCUCCCCAGGUUAGGUCGUAUCUCAACUCCAUUCCCAGAAAUCGAAACACCAAGACCUGUUCCACACACUUCCCCUCAAUAAUGAGUGGCUGAAUAUUCAAUUUACAUUUCCUAAAGUCCACAAUAAUCUCUUUUGUUUUCUUUAAGUUAAGGAGUAAGUUGUUUUUCCUGCACCACUCCCCCAACUGCUCAACUUCCUUCCUAUAGGCCGCCUCCCCCUCUCCAGCCGUGAUUAAACCAACCACCGUUGUAAUAUCUGUAUCAUCAUAUUUUAAUCAACUGUUUUUUUGGGGGGGGGGUUGUAUUUUUAAUGUUUUUACUGUAUUUAUAUUCGAUGUUAGCCGCCCUGAGCUCAGUCUUGGCCGGGGAGGGCAGAGUGUAAAUAAAAAUUUAUUAUUAUAAUAUCAUGGGGGAUUUUGUCCAGAGCCUUACUGAAAUCAAGAUACACUAUGCCCCCGCAGCAUUCCCCUGAUCCAUCAAGCUUCAACUCUGUCAAAAAAGGCUAUGAGAUUGUGUUGUCUUUCAGCUUCCUUCCCUGAUAAGCCCCCCUUCUGUUCUGGCUAUAGGGUCUCUGGCCUCCAGGACUAGACUCUGUGGCAGAUGGGCAAGGAGCCUGUCACAAUUAUUUCACACCUCUCUCUCUCUCUCUCUCUCUCUUUCUUUCUUUCCAUCCAGGUGUAGAAGAUGCCUUCAUCUUCACCUCCAAAGUGAUGACGGUGUCUCUGCAUAAGUUCUCUCCAGGAUUUUUCCCAGGCAAGUGAUUCUUAUUUAUUUAUUUUACUGUGCUUGAGUGUUGCUUCCCUUAAAGGUAAAGGGACCCCUGACCAUUAGGUCCACUCAUGUCCGACUCUGGGGUUGCGGCGCUCAUCUCGCUUUACUGGCCGAGGGAGCCGGCGUACAGCUUCCGGGUCAUGUGGCCAGCAGGACUAAGCCGCUUCUGGCAAACCAGAGCAGUGCACGGAAAUGCUGUUUACCUUCCUGCCAGAGCGGUACCUAUUUAUCUGCUUGCACUUUGACGUGCUUUUGAACUGCUGGGUUGGCAGGAGCAGGGACUGAGCAACGGGAGCUCACCCCAUCACAGGGAUUCGAACCACCGACCUUCUGAUCGGCAAGCCCUAGGCUCUGUGGUUUAACCCACAGUGCCACCCGCAUCCUCCUUUGCCUUUUUAGUUUUUUAUACACCUAGUAUAUUUAUAUUUUGUGCAUAUAAUUACACAAACAGUACCCACUGUUUAUUUCCCCUGUUCUCUGUUCAUAUCAUUCUCUGAAUCCCAAGAGGCAUAAGAACCUGAGAAGAAGCCGCUGGAUCAGGCCAGAGAGGGCAGCAUCCUGCUAUCAUAAUGGCCAACCCUCGAUGGGCAGUCCGCAGGCACCACCUGAGGUGUUGCGUUCCAAAAGCAAGGAAGGAUUGGAUCCUGAUUAAUAAAAUACACACGAGGCUUGACCAGCAAGACUCUGGGAAGAGUGCCAAUAAUAAUCUGUCACACCCUGCCCCAGGCCCCUUUUAUUAACAAAAGAACUUAUAGCACAGUGCUUGUAAGAAACAUUCAGAUGUCCUCUGAGCAUUUCAAAAAACGUACCAUGUGGGUACAAAGUUGAUCAAAGAAAUCCUUUUAACUGCAAAGAAACUAUUUCCUACUUGAGCAUUCAUACGUAGUUCAGAGUAAAUAAAAUAGAAAUCAAUGAGGAAUGCUUUUAGCGAACCCCAGAGGCCGUAAACAGGAGAGGAAGGAUGGCAAGGAAAGAUUGUUUUUAGUCGUUUAGUCGUGUCCGACUCUUCGUGACCCCCUGGACCAGAGCACGCCAGGCACUCCUGUCUUCCACUGCCUCCCACAGUUUGGUCAAACUUAUACUGGUAGCUUCGAGAACACUGUCCAACCAUCUCGUCCUCUGUCGUCCCCUUCUCCUUGUGCCCUCCAUCUUCCCCAACAUCAGGCUCUUUUCCAGGGGGUCUUCUCUUCUCAUGAGGUGGCCAAAGUCUUGGAGCCUCAGCUUCAGGAUCUGUCCUUCCAGUGAGCACUCAGGGCUGAUUUCCUUCAGAAUGGAGAGGUUUGAUCUUCUUGCAGUCCAUGGGACUCUCAAGAGUCUCCUCCAGCACCAGAAUUCAAAAGCAUUAUCACCUCUAUGUGAAACUAUUUCCUGGCCCUAAGAUUAACAAAACCAAGGAAAGGUACAUCAAAGCUGACUACUAUCUUUAUGUACUGAGGAUGCCUGGUGAAGCAACUGUUCUGUGUUUUAGAAUGCUUAUACGUGCUUGUCAUGCGUAGAGAAAUGGGCAGUAGAUAAAAUGGGGCAGAGAUGCAGAGGCUUGUGGGAUUUGAUCAGAAAUUAUUGUCAGUGACUCAAGCCCAGUCAACGCAAUGCUUUCAUUGCAGACAUAAUGGCUUACUCCAUAUUUUAAUAAUUCCUAAUACCAAUCCCACCUGAUCACUACACUGAGGCACAAAACAUCCUUCAUGGUCCUGCUUCCUGGUCCCUAGUCUGUAAAAAAACCUCUCUUCUGCCUCUUGCUCAGGAACAGGAGAUGUGACAGAUGUAGGCCUGGGAAAGGGGCGUUACUACAGCGUCAACGUCCCCAUUCAAGAUGGCAUCCAGGACGACAGAUACUUCCAGAUCUGCGAGACGUAAGAACCCACCACCCGGUGGCCCUUUGGGAACAAAGGUUUUCGGUGGUUCUCCUGCAGUUCCUCUUUUCUGCCCCACCUGGCAUAACUCGCACUUGGGGCUCGCUCUGUCUCUCAAUCAGAUUGUUCUAGCCGAGCUGCUGGAAUCGGCCCUGUGGCUUUUGAAACACGUCCGGGCUCCACGAGGAAGCAGGGCCAUAUUUAGCAUAAAUAAUAAUAACUAAUAAUAGUAAUUUAUUAUUUUUACCCCGCCCAUCUGGCUGAGUUUCCCCAGUCACUCUGGGCGGCUCCCAAUCAAGUGUUAAAAACAAUACAGCAUUAAAUAUUAAAAACUUCCCUAAACAGGGCUGCCUUCAGAUGUCUUUUAAAGAUAAGAUAGCUGCUUAUUUCCUUCACAUCUGCUGGGAAGUCUUACUCGCCGUCGCUACUGCCACUUGGCAGGCUCAACACUGAGCUCUAACCCGUGUCCAGUCAGCUUCAGAAUGGUGACCGGGAGCGGCCGCCAAAACCAUAUAACACCGGUCUUGAAAGACCUACACUGGCUCCCAGUACGUUUCCGAGCACAAUUCAAAGUGUUGGGGCUGACCUUUAAAGCCCUAAACGGCCUCGGUCCAGUAGACCUGAAGGAGCGUCUCCACCCCCAUCGUUCAGCCCAGACACUGAGGUCCAGCUCCGAGGGCCUUCUGGUGGUUCCCUCCCUGCAAGAAGCCAAGUUACAGGGAACCAGGCAGAGGGACUUAUUGGUGGUGGCUCCUACCCUGUGGAACGCCCUCCCAGGAGAUGUCAAAGAGAAAAACAACUACCAGACUUUUAGAAGACAUCUGAAGGCAGCCCUGUUCAGGGAAGCUUUUAAUGUUUAAUAGGUUAUUGUAUUUUAGUGUUUUGUUGGAAGCUGCCCAGAGUGGCUGGGGAAGCUCUGCCAGAUGGGCGGGGUAUAAAUAAUAAUAAAUAAUAAUAAUAAUAAUAAUAAUAAUAAUUAACAUUAACCUCUGCUGCCAGUGGCUCCCUGCCUGGCUGCUCUCCGGGUAACGGGGGUCUUCGUUCCUUUCCCUGCAGUGUCCUGAAGGAGGUCUACGCAGCGUUCAGCCCUGAGGCCAUCGUCCUGCAGUUGGGGGCGGACACCAUCGCUGGUGACCCCAUGUGCUCCUUCAACUUGACCCCCGAAGGGGUCGGCCGGUGCCUGAAGUAUGUGUUGCAAUGGCAGCGUCCAACCCUCGUCCUGGGAGGAGGUGAGUAGAAGAGGCCGGGAGGGCUGAGUUUUAGCACACAUGAAAAACCUUUUUUAAUAAUAUUUUUAUCAGGCUUCCAUUUCAUGAUAGUUGAAUACAUCCUUGUUAAUCACAUUGGUUUUUGCUCGUACGAGCUGGUCGACUUCCCUCCCUCCUGCCUCGUGGUUUUCAUAAUUCCUUUCUUUGUCAUAGCAUUUGUACCUCUUCUUAUUUACAUUUCAUUCCUUCCAAUUAUCACGUUUCUAAUUAAAUAUAAAAAGGUAAGAAUCCUUAACAUCACAGGUCGUCUUAACUCAACCCUGCUGAUGUUGUUAAUUGUUUGCAAUUGUCCUUCAAAUAUUGUACAAUUUUUUUUAAUUAAUAAUUUGGCUGUUUAUUUUAUUUUAUUCUUUUUAAUUGUAUUAUGAUUUGAUGGAUUUGUUAAUUGGAUGUUCUUAUUAGAAAACUAAUAAAAAAUAUUUAUAAAAAACACCAAAAACAAAUAUUGUACAAAUUUACCUCCGUCUUUUUGGAAAGCUUGAUCGCACUGGUUUUGGAUUUUUCCCAUCAGUUUCGCCAGUUCUGCAUAUUCAGUCAUCUUCACCUGCCAGUCUUUUAUCGUCAAUAAUUCCUAUUGCUUCCGUUUGGGACUAAAAGAGUCCUUGCUGCCGUUGUUGCAUACGUGAACAGUUUUUGGUCUCACUUUGAAAUUUCUUCACCUGCUACUAUACCUAAUAGAAAUGCUUCUGGUUUUUUUAACAAAUGUGCUUUUAUACAAUUUCUUUAACUCAUUCUUUAACUCCUCUUUCUUCCCUUUCCGGACUUCCUGCUGCUUCCCUCCUGGAGGCAGGAGGCUACCAUCUCGCCAACACGGCUCGCUGCUGGGCGUAUUUGACGGCGGUCAUCUUAGGGAAAACGCUGCCCUCCGAAAUCCCAGAUCACAAGGUGAGGCCUUGGCUAGCCGUUCCCUUCGCUGCGCAGAAGAACCGACCCAUUCCUCUUGGGCAGAAACCCCUCCCAGCCUUUUGCUAAGAGUCUUUCUAGUAACAAUAAUAAUAUUAUAAUCUUAUUAUUUAUACCCUGCCUAUCUGGCUGGGUUGCCCCUGCCACUCUGGGUGGCUUCCAACAGAACAUAUAUAAAAAUAGUGAAAUGUUAGACAUUGAAAACUUCCCAAAACAAGGCAGCUUUCAGAUGUCUACUGAAUGUAACACAGCUGCUUAUUUCCUUGGCAUCUGAUGGGAGGGCAUUCCAGAAUGCAGGUGCCACUACCGAGAAGGCCCUCUGCCUGUUUCGCUGUGACUUCGCUUCUCACAUUAGGGGAGCUGCCAGAAGGCUCUUGGAAGUGGACCUCAGUAAGAAUACAGUGGUAGCUUGGUUCUCAAACUUAAUCCGUUCCGGAACACCAUUCAAAAACCAAAGCGUUCCAAAACCAAGGCCUGCAUUCCCAUAGAAAGUAAUGCAAAAUGAAUUAAUCCGUUCCCUCCCUGCAAGAAGUGAGGUUACAGGGAACCAGGCAGAGGGCCUUCUCGGUAGUGGUGCCUGCCCUCUGGAACGCUCUCCCAGCAGAUGUCAAGGCAAUAAGCAACUAUUUUACUUGUAAAAGACAAUUGAAGGUGGCCCUGUUUAGGGAAGUUUUUAAUGUUUGAUGCUGUAAUGUUUUAAAUACUUGGCUGGAAGCCGCCCAGAGUGGCUGGGAAAACCCAGCCAGAUGGGCGGGGUGUAAAUAAGUUGUUGUUGUUGUUGUUUUGCUUGUGAAGUCAGAAGCUCGCAUGCAACAUGGGUUUACCUCCCUGGGUGCGUCUUGCCUCGCUUAGAUCUGCCAGGAGCGGCUCCUGUUUCCUUCCUUCACCCUUUCCUUCCUCCUCUGGCAGUACUUCACGGAAUACGGCCCUGAUUACGUCUUGGAAGUUACACCAAGCUGCAGGCUGGACCGCAACGAGCCGCAGAGAAUCCAAGAAAUCCUGGGCUGCAUUAAAGGUGAGUCCUGCCCUCCUCACCUGGGAGAAGGAGGUUGCAGGUUGCCAAUGAGCCUGGCUCCCAGCAAAGGGGCGCCAUCCGCUGGCAGAGCACCUGAAUUGUGCGCAGAAGGGAUCAAGUCCCAGUUGUCACAGUCCGGUUCAUAGGUAAUCGAAGUCCUGGCUGGGGACGUCAGGACCAGGGGCAAGAUGGCGGGGAGGGAGCAGGAACGGGGAGCUAGAAGCCAGGAGUUAGGAAGUCAAGAGUCCAAGGGUCAGGAAGCAAGGAGUCAUGAAGUCAGGGGUCCGAGGGUCAAGAAGGAAGGAGUAACGAAGUCAGGGGUCCGAGGGUCACGAAGCAAGGAGUCACAAAGUCAGGGGUCUGAGGGUCAAGAAGCAAGGAGUCACAAAGUCAGGGGUCCGAGGGUCAAGAAGCAAAGGGUCACAAAGUCAGGGGUCCGAGGAGCAAGGAGGCACAAAGGCAGGGGUCCGAGGAGCAGGGCGUCACAAAGGCGGGAGUCCAAGGGUCAAGAAGCAAGGAGUCAUGAAGGCAGGGGUCCGAGGAUCAAGAAGCAAGGAGUCACGAAGUCAAGGGUCUAAGGAGCAAGGAGUCACGAAGUCAAGGGUCUAAGGAGCAAGGAGUCACGAAGUCAAGGGUCUAAGGAGCAAGGAGUCACGAAGGCAGGGGUCCGAGGAUCAAGGAGCAAGGAGUCAUGAAGGCAGGGAGCAAGGAGUCAUGAAGGCAGGAGUCCGAGGGUCAAGGAGCAAGGAGUCACGAAGGCAGGGAGCAAGGAGUCACAAAGGCAGGGGUCCGAGGAUCAAGGAGCAAGGAGUCAUGAAGGCAGGGAGCAAGGAGUCAUGAAGGCAGGAGUCCGAGGGUCAAGGAGCAAGGAGUCAUGAAGGCAGGGAGCAAGGAGUCACAAAGGCAGGGGUCCGAGGGUCAAGAAGCAGGGGGUCACGAAGGCAGGGGUCUGAGGAUCAAGAAGUAAGGAGUCACAAAGUCAGGGGUCUGAGGAUCAAGGAGUCAAGGAACUAAACACAACAAGGCAGGGAACAUGUUGCUGUGGGAAAGAGCUGAAGGGAAAUGCUGACCUUAUAUCUCUUCCCAGCUCUUGCCACCAGGUGCUCUGAGUUACCAAUUGGCCUCACCUGUGCGGCCGUGCCUUGCCUCUCCAGAACAAACUUAGGAAGGCCCCAGUCCUGCAAAGUCCUACUGGUCACAGGGCCUGGCUCCUGCACGCACUCUUGACACCAGUGUCUCCAGAUGGGAUUGUAGAGGUGGAAGGGGUCCCUGGGGCCAUCUAGUCCAAUCCCCUGCAGUGCAGGAGUCUCAGCUAAAGAAUUGCUCCAGCCCCUCCUUUAAAAAACCUCCCGCCUUUCUUCUUUGCGAAUUAGGCUUUGCGAAUGUUGCCCAGGUGGCCUCAGUGGCCCGGAGUGCCUUCCAUCAGCUUCGGCUGGUGGCCCAGCUACGCCCCUAUCUGGACAGGGACAGCCUAACUACUGUUGUCUAUGCUCCGGUGACUUCAAGGUUAGAUCACUGCAAUGCCUUAAAUGCCAGGCUGUCUCUGAAGACGGUUCGGAAACUCCAGCUAGUGCAGAAUUCAGCAGCCAGGUUGCUUACCCGACGGUUUCACUGAUCCUGAUCCGACUGCACUGGCUACCGAUUAGUUUCUGGGCCCAGUUUGGUUAUCCCUGCCCUAUCUGGACAGGGAUAGCCAAAUUACUGUUGUCUAUGCUCUGGUCCGUAUAGUUCAAGCUAUGGUUUUCGCAGUAGUGAUGUAUGGAAGUGAGAGCUGGACCAUCAAGAAGGCUGAUCGCCGAAGAAUUGAUGCUUUUGAAUUAUGGUGCUGGAGGAGACUUGAGAGUCCCAUGGACUGCAAGAAGAUCAAACGCAUCCAUUCUUAAGGAAAUCAGCCCUGAGUGAUCACUGGAAGGACAGAUCCUGAAGCUGAGGCUCCAAGACUUUGGCCACCUCAUGAGAAGAGAAGACUCCCUGGAAAAGACCCUGAUGUUGGGAAAGAUGGAGGGCACAAGGAGAAGGGGAUGAUAGAGGACGAGAUGGUUGGACACUGUUCUCAAAGCUACAAACAUGAGUCUGACCAAACUGCGGGAGGCAGUGGAAGACAGGAGGGCCUGGUGUGCUUUGGUCCAGGGGGUCACAAAGAGUCGGACACGACUAAACAACUAAACAACAACAACAUGCUCUGGUAACCUUAAGGUUAGAUUACUGCAAUGCAUUAUACGUGGGGCUGCCUUUGAAGAUGAUUCGGAAUCCUCAGCAGGUGCAGAAUUCAGCAGCCAGGUUGUUCACUGGAGCAAGACGGUUUGAGCAUAUUACACCGAUCCUGGUCUGGCUGCACUGACUACCGAUUAGUUUCUGGGCCCAAUUCAAAGUGCUGGUUUUGACAUAUAAAGCCUUAAAUGGCUCAGGACCGCAAUACCUCAAGGACCGCCUCUUUCCAUAUGAACCUACCCGGAACCUAAGAUCAUCUUGUGAGGCCCUUCUUCCUGUGCCUCCUUGAGAGGUCCUGAGGGUGGCAACACGAGAACGGGGCCUUCUCUGCAGUGGCUCCCUGGGAAGAUGCUCUCCCCAGGGAAGUUCGCCUGGUGCCUUCAUUAUACACCUUGAGGCGCCAGGCAAAAAGGUUCCUUUUAAACCAGGCCUUUGGUUGAUCUUAUUGACAUCCAACACCCUUUUAGAAUGUGGCUUUGUGGGGGUUAUUGAGUUAUUGCUUUUGGUUUGGUUUUAUAUGUUGUGGUCUUGUUGUGAACGGCCCUGAGACCUCCGGGUAUAGGGCAGUGUAUAAGUUGAAUAAAUAAUAAUAAUAAUGUUUGCAGGCAACCUGAAGAAUGUGGUGUAGCGGAAGAGGACGGAUCCUGUCUUCGCUCCUGCCGAAGGCCUCCUGGGAGAGCAAAUUCGCUGGUUGCCCCUGCCGGAUCCUUGAAGAAAUCCUCUGGGGGUCUCAGGAAGCCCCCUGGCCACCAACCCAUCACGGCUCCGACUCAUUGCCCCCUUUUAUAAAGCGGCUGGUUCUUGGGAGGCGUUCGAUGGGGUUGGAGCUGGUUCUUUUUUUUAACAGAGGGGUCAUUUCCUUCCAUGGCCUGGUUUGGCUGUUAGAAAAGCUUUCUCUCCCCCUCAGCUAACUAAAAUGUCCUGCGCAGCCGAGGUGGGUUGUGUCUUGUUGUUGGUUGUCUGCUCUGAAAAUAAAAGUGUUUGAUAUAUUUC